AUGUUCAUAACACAAUCCCCCCAGACACCCUUCCGCCAAACCCACUACGCCCCAAUCCACUCCUCCCCCCUCAGCAAGCAUAACACAACACCACCCGCAUGGACCAUGUCUCCGACGCGCAACAUCCACAAAAGCGCGUCGCAAAGCACAACUCCAAAUCUAUUCUCCAAUCCCCCACCAGCCUUCAACAUCCAAACUGAGCCAAUCACCCGCCACACGCAGAACCACCACUCCCCAAUCCCAAUGCACUUCAACGCGUCCGCCUCAGCCUCAACAACACCAACCUCAUCAAACCCAUUCCUCAUGCCCACGCAAACACCCACUUCACCCUCCUCGCCCACCCGCCAAAAGCCAAGAUACGAAGCGCGUUACGCGUCAAAAAUCGCGAACCCGCUUCAGGGCGCGGCGGGUCUGGCACGCUCGAAAACGCGUAAGAUGUUUCUUAAUCGUGUGCGCCAUGAGCGUGACGACGGACGUUUUGAGGCGCGUGGCGAGCAGAUGAUGCACAUGGAGUAUAUUGCUGAUCGGAGGCGGUGGGAAGAGAGUAUGGCGAGGGAUGGGGAGGGAGUUGUUGGGGUUUUUGAGGGAGAAGUGGAUGAGGAUGAUAUGCUUCCUGAUGAUGCCGAUGUGCUUCACGAGUUUAUCUCCCAAGAGGAAGCCAUUGAAAUGGCACUCCGGGAGACUCAGAGCGCAAUUCCUGAGAGAGUUCACCAUUUGCGGAAUGAUGGACCUGGUGUUCAGUUUAGUGAUGAUGAAUACGAUGAUAUAUUCAUGGGAUUGUCAGAUCCUCGGGUAACCCAGUCGGAAUCUCAAGAUAUGGACAUGUCUUGA